CGCAUGCGUAUUGUUUUGGGGUGCCGGUUGCCGUGGUGACGGAAGGGGAGAUUGGGAGCGAUGGCGGUGACUUUUCUGCGGUGGAUGCUGCUGGCGGGUGGAUUAAUGGUGGUCCGGCCGCAGGCGGCCGAGAAGUACUCUCGGUACAAGAACGAGGAGGCAGCCACGGCGGGGAAGACGGGGAACGAAUUUAGAAUUGCCAAACUCAACCAGGUUUGGGACAAGGCGCAGCGGCUCCAGUUAUCUCCAGUAAAACUGGCUGAGCUUCACAGUGACUUGAAGAUCCAGGAGAAAGAUGAACUGCACUGGAAGAAGUUAAAGGUCGAUGGUCUUGAUGAAGAUGGUGAGAAGGAAGCAAGGCUGCGUCAAAACCUUAAUGUCAUCCUCACAAAGUACAAACUUGAUGGGCGAAAGGAUCCCAAGCCUUCAGAAUCAAAUUACAUCAGAGAAUCAGAUUCUAAAAAUGAUGUAUUUGAUGAUCCAAAACUAGAGAAGUUAUGGAAUAAGGCAACAACAUCUGGGAAGUUUAAUGAUGAAGAAGUUGAAAAACUGCGGCGUGAAUUUCUCCAUCACCAGGACAAGAUUGAGGAGUAUCACAUCCUGAGAGAGACUGUCAGCAGGAGUGAAGAUAUACGUGAGAAUGUGAUCAGCCCUUUGGAAUCCCAUAUCAAGGAAGAUUUACUACACACCAAGCAUGCAGAGUUAAAAAAUAAGCACCGUAAUGUCCAAGAAAGUUUCGAGCGUCUACGCAAACUCAUCCACCAAGGGUACGAUGGGGAUAGCGAGUUUUCUGAGCCAAGAGUACUUGAGCUAUGGGAUAUGGCAAAGCGGUCAAAUUUCUCAGAUGAUGAGCUGGGUUCCAUUAAGGAGGAGCUGAAACAUUUUGAGACAAAGAUUGAGAAGCACCAACAUUAUCAGGAGCAGCUGGAUUUAUCCCACCAAAAGCUUAAACAUGUGGAGUCUAUUGGGGACAAGGAACAUUUGUCUAGAAACAAAGAAAAGUAUAAAAUGCUGACAGAAAAGACUAAAGAACUCGGAUAUAAGGUAAAAAAGCAUAUGCAGGAUCUUCUGGCUAGACUCUCAAAGGGAGGUCUGAACCACAAUGAGUUAUGACUCUUCUGUCACCCAACAACCUGUCGUAUAAUCAGGUACAGUUGGAACACUGGAACUGAGAUAGGUACCAAGUAUUCUUUAAUCAUUGAUUCUGUCAACACUCAAAUACUUCUAUGAUAAUUCUCCCCUUUUUUUUCUACAUGUAAUUGGAGCUACUGAAAUGGAACCAGUAGUACAGUGGAUUGUCAAUGAUGAACUACAAAUUGCUGAUAAAAAUGCUGUACAAAAACUGUAUAAUCAAAUGUGCCAUCAAAAUCAUUGUAAAUUUAAACUUUAUAUUGAUUUUUGUAGAUUGCUGACUUUUCUGGUUUCAGUCAGUAAUUGGGUCUGAGUUAAUGAAUGCUCAACUCCACUUUGUCUCAGUAAUUGAACUGGUGAACUGAAGCACAAGUUAUUCAGGUGUUGCACCUUCUAGAUUGCAACUUGUCCAUGACAGGGAAUUGUUUCCCAAAGGGGGCACAGUGAUGAUGGUGAUGGUGAUGAUCUUUUCUCUUAACAACCUUCUCUGAACUAUGAGCUUUCACUGAAACUCGGACCAAGGCCAUUCUUUCACAUAGUUCCCAAGGAAUUUAUCUCCUGUCCUCAUGCCACUCUUUCUAAAUUGGUAUAAGUGAGGGACCCUUGGUCAUUCAUGAUCCUGGUAACCUAUGGUUCAAUCUCCACCUAAUAUCAAGUAGAUCAUCCUAAUCUCUUUUGAAUGUGCGGAUGUGUACCCAAGCAUUAUAUAUCUUCCUUCAUUC